UAUAGCAAGCCAUCCACGCUCUCGGUCUCGGACUUCAAAUUGCCACAUUAGCUUCUAAUAUUGUCACAAUCUAUUCAACAAACGGUGAAGCUGCUCGAUAAUUUACCCCUUGUUUGAAGUAUAAAUUUCAUGCUUCUUUAUGAUAAUUUUCUACUCUGGUUUUUGUAAAAAAUCUCUCAUCUCGAUUAAAUUCCACAUCGACAAGGAUUUGCCGGGCUCCUGUGACAAGGAACAAAUAUGUGGUUGCGAGGCCGACCGCAGACGGCUCCGUUGCUGCGGACGCUGAUCCUCCUGCUCAGCUUGGCUGGCCACCCGUGGGCGACUCCUUCCCAGCCCAACUCAACUGAUCAAACACUUCACUCUCACCAAGAUAGUCCCUACCGUCCGUCUAUAAUUUUGAAGUCAACCUCAUUUUAUGAAUACAAACAAGUUUUUCCAAUUAUGGUUGGAAUUCAAAAGUUAAAAACACCACCAAGAGAAGUUGCUUUCGACGGAGCAACUCAAAAAUUUUCACGGCUGAUGAGUGAAGAGGACUUUUGGUUCCUUUCAAGUGAUGACCGAAUCAAUAAUGGCCCGAGAAGUGCGAAAACCGUUGAUGAGGUUGUGUAUUAUAUCAUUGAGCUCUUUUCUAGACUUUCUCAAAGCACUGGAGAGAAGUGCAACAGAUUUUCUAGUGGAAGUGCAAAUAGUCUCCAAGAUUUUGUCGCCUAUUUUUUAUCAAACAAAAUGAAAGAACAUUUUCCUCCAGUCAUCAUUCAAAAUAUUCUCCUUUGGCUACAGCAAAAAGUCUCCGCCAACUACAGCUUCAUCUGUUUAAGCAACAAUAAAAAAAUCGAGGUCCAUAGAAAACUAGUACACAUUUUCAAUCGUUUGGACAACGAUCUACUUAGGUUUCUUGCUUCACAAUUACGCAAAUUUGACCAAAUAUUAACAGUUUCCGAACAAAAAACUUUAGCGUCAAAAAUUUUCCGAUGGAUUAUGAAAACUAAGCUAGGCAACGAAUCCAUCGCAUCGUCAGAUUUAUCUCCGACGUCACAACCAAGAAUAAAGCGAAGCGACAACUACCAUAAUGAGGGCUACAAUAACGAUUAUUACUCAACCGAAGUUUUGUUCAUGGAUAUCGGUAAUAACGAUUUGAAAUUUCUGUAUCCACUGAAAAUAUUAGCCAAUAUAUUUUUGGUUGUGCUCAUAAUAGGGCUCACAUUUACCCUGUAUUCACAACCCUACGUAGGCCCCAAGGGGGAAAAAGGAGCGAAGGGGUGGAAGGGAUGGAAGGGAAUGCCGGGGCAUCGCGGUUCGCUUGGAGACAAAGGGAUGAUGGGAGACACUGGGCUCAUGGGAUUUCGGGGAGAGUCAGGAUUAAUGGGAUAUAAAGGAUGGAAAGGAAAACCUGGGCAUCGUGGAGACAGAGGAGAAACUGGCGAUAAGGGCAAAGAUGGAGGUAAGGGAUCAAAGGGCGAGCCAGGUAUUGGUGGAAGAUAUGGUCAUCCAGGACACGACGGGGAGAAAGGAUGUCGGGGACAGCGGGGUGCCACUGGCUAUCCUGGAUUAAUUUUCUACGGCAAGAAGAAGCACAGUUCCUACAAAAGACUCGACACCACGAAAUCCAAAUCUGCUGUCGCUGCUGCAGCACGUGAUGUUAAUUCUUCAAGCACUAGAGUAGCAGGCGGUGAUUCGACUCAAUCCAACAACGGAACUCAACUAACUGUACAAAAUUCAACUCAAUUAAUAACCUCCGUUGAGAAUAAUGAAGCUUUGAUGGAAGUUGGAGUCGUUCCAAUAAAUAUCACGGAGAUACGACAAAUAACUGCAGCUGGUGUAGUCGCUGAAGCGGAUCGAAGAGCGUCGUCAGUGGCUUCCCAAACUGCUGCCGUCCUACGAGAAGGAAAUGAAGCUAGUGGGCGAGAAACAAAUGCGGCAGCCAUCCAACAGGCAACUCUUCGACAUUCUGGGACAAAUGACUAUUCACACCUUGAAGGUAAAAUUGAAGCAAAUGUCGAGUCACAAGUCGAGCAAAAAAUUCAGAACCUCAAAGAUAAAUUUCAUAGUUCACAUUAUUACCGGUCUCUGCCUCAUAGUCUGCCUGAGCGACAAUCGGAAACUGCGCCCGAAAAUUCAACUUUCUACAACUCUUCUCCUGCAAGAAUUUACACUAUCCCUGUUUCUAAUUCCACACUCUCGACAAAGCAGUUGCACGCACCGAAAUUUGCAGAAUUUUCAGGGACUGAUCCAAUGAGCAAACGAAAAAAAGGUGAUUCGAUAAUUUUGGACGAUAAGCAAAAAUUGGUUUACUUACUUAGGAUGAAACGAGACGGGCUUACGCACGGCACAACGUCAGAUCUCGCCUCCAACACUCCUUCUGACAGCGUGCUUGACCCGCACGACUUCACUGCAUAUGAUAAUGACAUGCUCAUGCAUCCUAAAUUUCCUUACUACUCGUUAGACAAGAAAUACUUGCCGGCUUACCCAAUUUCACGAAAAGUGAAAUUACAGAAAGAGGUUGCAUCGGUUGACGUUGAGUGGAUUUUUACUGGACUCAACAAACUCUGGAGGGAGAGCCGUAAACCUCUGCCUUGCAUACACUGUUCACUUUUUGACUUCCUGGAUGAUCAAAAUACUCAAGAUCUGGACGCCUACAUUAUCGCCGGGUUCGCCCACGUGCUCGGGGACUCGGGUUCUCUGCAGCUCCUGGACGACGUGAGGCGCGGCCGGCAGCGCGGCGUCAAGAUGUCGUGCGUGCCGCUGGAGACCUCGUGUACAUUCUUAAUUCAUUGAACAUUUUUUGUACGUCUUCCGGUCAGGGAUCAUGAAAUUUAUCGCUUGAAACAAUCUGGCCUACAAUACCUUCGGUUCUCGAGGAUUACUUCCAGCAGCUAGCUGUCAAGCCACAUAAGGCAUUGCAUGUAGGCGAUUAUUUACUGAAUUGUUUUUCCAAGUGCUUGUAAUUAUCGAUGCCCAGUAAUCGUUGUUCACGUUUUUUGGCACUGAACUUUGCAGUCAGGAAAAACCAAGAUAAAUUUACGUUUACAAGUAUAUCUUGCACAAUAUGAA